AUGGUGGAGCGAUUUCAAGAUGUUAUUGCGCUGAAUAUUCCAAAUUGGUAUAGCAAUCCAUUUGAGGUCGAUGCAGUCGAUUGCGAGGAUGGCGUUCAGAAGGAAUUGAUAGAAUUACAAAAUGGCAAUGACGCCACAAUGCGAUAUCGCCGUAAUGGCAAAGAAGUUUUCGAUCAUCUUUAUAAACAUUCCGUUCACUUUUCAGGUCUGUGGGGAAUACUGCCACCUCCAAGCCGAAGCGACAUCUGGGACGAUAGAAACAAUGUAAAAUAUUUAGAAAGUAUUGAAGAAGUAAGGUCCGAUGCCCACUUCUCCACAGCUUAUAUCACAUAUGGUGGAGAGAUACACUGGCAUGAUGUUCCACCACCGAGACUCGAAGUUCUAGCAAGCAGUCUGGUGUCAAAGCUGGCGCACAAAAAAGCAGCCAUAACAGUAAGUAAGAUGGUUCAAUACAUGCCAAAAGAGAUCUUUGAAUCAAUCACCAAAUCAAAAGGAGUUGGUGUAUUUGCCAAGAGCGAAGGUCCAACGAUUUAUCCAGAAUUUAAGCGAUUUGCUGAUCUGCCGGAGUGCAAAGGUAAAUGUGAUGGGCUUUGCCAAAUAACGUGUACCCACGACGGACGCAAAUACGAACGUGUGGCUGGACUGACUCUCUCAAGGAGUGUAUGCUUGGAUCAUGUUGUGCUCUGUGAUGAUCAAGACCCGUAUCGAUCUCAUGAAAACUGUUUGUCCCACGAACUGGGGCACCUCAUAAUGUCGUACAUUCCGAAAAGCUGGACCAAGAAGAUUUACGAAGCUUACCAAUAUGCUAAAAAGAAUAGUAUUUGGGAACUGAAGGCCUAUGCUAUGAGCAAUGCCCAAGAAUAUUGGGCAGAAGGUACUGGGGCCUUUUUUCGAUCUAAUUUGCUCACGUACGCUGCUGGUAAAAUGAACAUGUGUAACCAGACAGCGCUGUGCUCAACGGAAAUGGAUGCUCGAGAUAAUCUAAGACGAAGAGACGCGAAAUUGUUUGAAAUACUCUCCUAUGUCUACACAGACAACAGACCUGAACUGAAGAGUGGCAUGAAGACAUGCAUGUGAACCACACACACACACAUACACAGACGCACAGACACACACACACACAAACACACGCGCUCGCACAGAGGACA